ACACAUAUACGGAAAUCCAGCAACCGUGCAUCAAAAAUAUAGAGCACCCAUAUAUUCUCUGGCACCAGCCAGCUGCAGAUACUUUGUAGCCCUAGAGCGAGUGGCCGGCUUGUUUUUCGCCAAACAUGGGGCGCAAAGAGAGAAACACACUGGAGGAAGGGAGGAGAUAGAUAAAGAGAUUGAUAGAAAGGGAAGAGACAAAAAAUCCCGCCGUCGAUUGGUGUGGAACCUGGAGCAGCGCUUCAACAAAUAUCUGACCUCGACCUCCUCGGAAGGUGGGAAACUGGUUGUUGAAAUGGAGAUGUCGAGAUUUUCUAUUAUCCCGUCUCCUCCUCCAACACACAUGCCACUGAGGCUGAUGAUGAUGUUUGCGUAGGAGUGUUUUAUUGUGCGGGCAGCGUUGGUGAAGCAGUCUCUACUGUUCAAACAACUCCAGACAAGCGGUGGUGUGUGCCUGACGCUUCUUUCCAGAGGUAUCAUCAUCAUUAUUAUUAUUAUUAUCAUCAUUGGAGCCUUUUUUCUCGUCUUUGGAGGGCUUUCGUGUGUCUUUCUGCGAGUCUGGAAUUGGACAGAAAAUGUUUUGCAUGCAAAUGACAAGAAUGUGUGCGGAAAAGUAGUCCGGCAGCAGAGAAUAAGAAUAUUGUAAGGACACAUAUGCUAUUUUGUCUUUUUUGUUAUUAACAACUAAAGAGGAUCAGGCCCAGCGGGGGGUUUUUUUUUUUUUAGUCAAGCCGAUAUACUUCGAUAGCUGGCACUUCAGCGUUUUGCUGAUUACUUUCCCGACAUUGGCUUUUUUUUUUGCUAUUGGUCUCAAUAUUCAGUGACUGAGGUCGACACAAACUACAACCAGCAGAGGUCGGGACCUGAGCUCCAAGGAUCCACCACUACCCUAGAUGUAACCCGCUGAAUUCCUCUUAUCUCUGAAGGGUGUUGAUGGAGAGCCAUUCGAAUGACAGCCGGGACAGUGGUCAUCACUGGUGGAAUUCUAGCUACAGUUAUAUUACUCCUUAUCAUCGCAGUACUGUGCUACUGUAGGCUGCAGUAUUAUUGCUGCAAGAAGGAAGAGUCCGAGUCGGAGGAGGAGGAGCCAGACUUCGCAGUUACGUCCCGCCUUCCGCCAGUCCACUCUAAUCACAACAUUGUGGCGGCAACGGCCGCCGCCUCCUCUAUCCCCAAUGGCCCCGCUCUCUUCUCUACCCCUCCGCUGGCCAGGAAACUAACGCGCUCACAGACCUUUUGUCCAUCCUGUACGCACUAUGACCUGCCUUUCUACCUCCAGCCGCCCCCUCAGCCGCAGAUCCACCAUCAACCAGAUGGGUUGAGGAACGGAGGAGAUCGGAUCAGCUACCGCAGCGUGCAGCAGCAAGAUCUGGACCUGCCAGUGCCUGUGAACAUUUCAAACUACCGUAAACCAAACCUGGCCCGGUCGGUCACAAUGAGGGACAUGUUCACACGCAGCUGUAGCAUCAGCACUGAUGUUUAGCUGGGCCAGGUUAGAACUCAGUGUAAGUUUGUGCUUAUAUGAAUUGGGAUGGCCUAGGCCGGACUGUGUUUUUGUCGUCUUGACCAGUGUAGUCCAUAGUCUGAUCUGAUUUGGUCUCAGUUCUACUGGUCACCUCUUGCAGGAUGGAGGACUCAGAUGGCUCUCAGGACAGGAUUUUCAAAGGUACUAUGCUCAGGUCCAGGAACAUACACUUGGGCCACAAUAGAAUUUAAAGUAUUGUUAAAUCAUCAAUAACAAGAACUUCUUGGUUUGUUCUGUUUUAAAUAGCUCUUUUUUAACAAUGAGAAUGGAAUUUGUUUUACGGUUUGACAAAUUUUGUGUCGCCCUACUUCCUCUGGACUCUUCUACCCGUGGCCUGAAAGACACACAGAUUCCCGCCAUGUCAAAAUGACAUAAUCGGCAGGGAUUUUCUCUCUGCCAUAGCUGCUAUACAAACAAAAUAUGAUUAGGAGAAGUCCAGUGUUUCUCUCUUCUAUGAUGGGAUGAUCUGUCUGUUCCUCCAUCCACAGAUUAUAGAGAUUAUUAAAUAUCACUCACCACCAGUGAAGGAAGGGGGAUGUCAUGUUUUAGCUGCCAUUUCAGAUAACUUUGGCCAUAAUAUUUAGAGGCAUAAAGGGCUCACAGAAGAUGGAAAUCCCUGCUUGUUUUCCACAUCCUUUCAUACAGGUCUCCAGUUUGAUGGGAGGCUGGUUUCUCUGCUGACAACACAAAGUGUAUUACACUUCAGAAGAGACAGACCUCUGUGUUCUUGCAGGCGGGGUGGACUAGGUGCCAAAGGGGGAUGGGUUCUCGCAUUUGUGUGCAUUCUUUUGACUGUGUUUGCAUGUAUGUGUGCGUGUGUGUGUAUAACUCGAUCAGUUGUUAUACCAGGAUUCUUAUUCCAUACAAUUAAACAUAGUCUGUCACCCCCUAUGUAUACCGAACCCAGUGGUGGGUUGCAAUAACAUUUGUCUUGUUAUUUCUUGUAAUGGGUGAAGGGAAUGUAGUAGUUUGCCCUUUAAAAUGAUGGUAAUGCAAAGAAUGACCCAACCAGAUGACAAACUCUAUUUUGUAAAUGUUUAUUUUACUGAUUAAUGCCGUCAGAGGAGUAAAACGUUUUUACGGCAACACUUCACUUUAAAGUGGGAUAUUCAUUUUAGUUCUUCACUCAAGUUUCAUUUUGUGGAUUAAUUCACCUUUAAAGGCACAUCAAUAAAUAUUUAACAGGCCAAAGCAUACACUCCGGUCUCUCUCUUCUCUCGACUCGUUGGACUGAGGAAUAUUUGCUCUUCAUCUGAGCUACUCAGAGAGUUCCUUCUUGGGAUUGUUUUUUUAUUUUCUGCACUUUGCGGACCGGCCUGGCUGGAGGAGCAGUUUUAUGGACACAGGACACAUGUUUAAUGAAAUGAUUUACUGCUUGAUUUCAAGAAGAAAUGCUUGUGGCUGUGCGAGGGACUUGAAGCUGAUUGGAUUGUCUCUCUUGGACCUCCCCCCUCUCAAAAUGGAUGGUAAAUGCUGUUGCACUCCCCUCUACCCCCCCCCCCCCCCCCUCUCUCGCUCUCUCUCUCUCUCUCUCUCUCUCUCUCUCUCUCUCUCUCUCUCUCUCUCUCUCUCUCUCUCUCUCUCUCUCUCUCUCUCUCUCUCUCUCUCUCUCUCUAUCUGCUCUGAUCAUGCUCAUUAAUAUACCCAAACAGGUGAAACAGUGAGUGAUUUUGUUUUAAGUUUUUCCUCUUGUGACAUGUGCUUUCCUGCAAAUACACUAUGACACACACGCACACACAUACACACACAGUUCUCAAUGCUAUGCUUUCCUUACUUUUUAAACAGAUGUGACAGUUGCACAGGAAUUUUUGUGCCAUAAAGAUUUAUUAAAGAGAAAUGUAUUAUUAUUAUAAAUAUAAUUAUUACAAGUGUAUAUUCAAAUGCAGUGUUGCUUUUUCCCUACAGUAUUUGAAUUACUUGUUUUAUUUUAUGAUCUAGCUGGUUUUUCAGACUCAGUACAGUACAGCAGAAAUGUUUCUGUCCUUGUUUCUAAUAUAUAACUAACAGACACAUUGUUGCUAAUAAAAUGGUGUGAAAAUCCUU